AUGGGUAAAGAAAACGGGCAGAAAGUUACAUCCGAGUUGGAGAAAAUCAUCAACGAGGGUCGCGACCGCAAGAAGAAUGAAGCCCUCGCUGCUCGGAUAUUUGGCAAGGAUCGUCGCGCGAGCACGCCUUUGAGCGGCCCUAGCUCUCUCGCCAGCCGCGCAGGCGUCAAGAAGCAUCGUGCCGUAUCGUCAACUGUGUCGCGCCCCAGCGCUGGAAACAUCGAUAGCGAGUGGACUCACGACCUACAUUCGUCGCAGGCGCCGCCGACUGGGCCUCGUAGCCAGCGCAACAACGGCAAUGGCCCGAAGCCCAGCUCGCUUGCGUCACGCAUCACGAACCCGAAUGCUGGCAUCGCUGGCAACCGUGAGAAGCGACGGGCUGCACAGGUGGCGCAAGCUUUGAUACGAACGAAGCUGCAGCCGGCAUCGGCGAGGUAUCCGGCACCAGCACAGGCGAUACCGUCAUCAUCACUGCCAGUGACGCCGGCGGCGGACCUGAUCACAGGACGGCAUGGCGGUUCGACGUUCCAGAAGGGUAUGACGAUCCGGGGUUUGGCGGGUCCGUAUGUUGUGAUGGCACAGAAUUUCGCUCCGGGCACGACGGCUGCAGACAUCGAGAGCGCCAUGACGCCCAUCGGCGGUAUCAUCACCAGCUGCCGCGUGGUUAAGAAUCAACCCAUCGUGAUUGCUGAGAUUGUGUUCGAGAGCAAGGAGGGUGCUGACAACGUCAUUGCCACGUUUCACAGCCAGACAGCUGAUGGCCGAGUCCUGAGCGUAUACCCCAAGGUGGGAAACACACCGAGCGCGGUGGUAGUCGACGACGACGACGCAGUGGUCGAUGGCACGAUGGGAUUUGACGACCCAAUGGAUUCGGACGACCUCUUUGCCAAUGGCCGCAGCAACGGACGGCAGCCACCGCGGGCUCCCGCAGCGGGCAACGGUGGUGGCGGUCUGUACAGCGACAACAUGGUCCACAGAAGGCCCCGGGACCGGGGUUCCAAUCGCGGCGGCGGCGCUGGAAGAUAA